CUGGGAUUUUGCUCUUGUAUCUUGGUAACGUGGGGUGCUGUUCAUAUUCUGGGACGGAGACUUGAGCGCUACAUCCGUGCACUCGAUAAUGGUACUCUGCGCCGAGUCCUUCGCGAGCAACAGAUGAACAGCGAGGAUGGCCGGGAGAGUGCAGAAUGGUUGAACCAAGUUAUGAAUGCUGCAUGGGACUGUCAGCGGAAGGUGUGGUCCGAACGGCUGCGUGCCAAACUGGACGGCUUGCUUGAGAUGAAUAAACCAAAAUACCUGGAAGAUAUUUACGUCGAUCAACUGGGCUUGGGCGAAAAUAGUCCUAAAUUUCACUCAAUAGCAGCCCAUCGUAUUAAGCGUCAAGCCAAUACCAACAACUUCGAAAUGGUGAUUGAUGCCAAGUUCUCAUACGAAGCGUCGACUGCCAAUGUUGUGUUCGUGACAAAACUGCGUGCCAUCGGUGUGUCCAUGUCUCUGUCCUUGGGUAGUAUCCGGUUGAUGGGCGAGGCCCGUAUCACGCUAUUGUGGCAUCCAGGCAGUGCCACCCUGAAAGGAAUGGAACUGAGCCUGCGCUCUUAUCCCACUCUGGACUACGUGAUGCGACCGCUCAACACUUUUGAUGCCACUGAGAUUCCACUGCUCUCUGGAUGGCUAACAGACACGCUCAGCACUCUGAUCAAGAACAGUGUCGUCAAUCCAAAUAAGAUCUGCAUUGAUCUUAGUUCUCACACUAAUCCCAACUGCGAUGAUACAGAUCAAUUCGGAGAGGUCAUCGGCCACAUCAUGAUUGCCUGUCCCAGCCUCGACAACCUUGAAUUUUUCAAGAAGAGUAGCAUCCGAUACUCCAUUGACGUAACAUUACAGAGCCCGAGCCGAGUGCAAGAUUCGACAUCCACUGUUAUCAGCACAACAGGUCUGACCACCAUGGUUGUACGUGCAAGGGUAAACAAUGCGCACAUAUAUCAACUUCGAUCGGCUUCUGAUGUGUCAGUAUGGCUGAGGCAUCGAUUGAUAAUUGGGGAGCGGCAUAUGAGAGGCAGAAGCAUAUUUCUUGGCUUGUAAUUUUCAAAUGUACACACAUAAACAAGGUUAAUGUAUACACGUUCAAAAAAAAUAUGGAAAGUUAGCUCUUCCUUUCCUUCCGAUACACACACGCUUGUUGAAGAUUAGAAUUCGAUCAUAGCAUUUAAUGCAGAGAAAUAAAAAAAU